AUGAGGCUACCGCUGGUGCUACUGUGGCUGGGCGCGGCGGCGGCGUGCGGCCCCGGCCGCGGCUUCUCCCGCCGCCACGGACCGCGCCGCAUCACGCCCCUAGUCUUCCGCCAGCACGACCCCAACAUCGGCGAGAACUCCAAGUCCGCCAGCGGGCCCCCCGAGGGCCGCAUCACCAGGGACGACGAGAAGUUCAAAGACUUGGUGCCCAACUACAACCCGGACAUCGACUUCAAGGACGACGAAGGCACCGGCGCCGACCGCCUCAUGACCCCCCGGUGCAAGGAGAAGUUGAACACCCUGGCGAUCAGCGUGAUGAACCAGUGGCCGGGGGUGCGGCUGCGCGUGAUCGAGGGCUGGGACGAGGAGAACUCGGACCAGGAGCACUCGCUGCACUACGAGGGCCGCGCCGUGGACGUCACCACGAGCGACCGCGACCGCAGCAAGUACGGGAUGCUGGCGCGGCUGGCCGUGGAGGCCGGCUUCGACUGGGUGUACUACGAAAGCAGGUCCUACAUCCACUGCUCGGUCAAAACAGUUUCCCGCGCCCGCGCUCAGGCGGUGUCGAUCAAACGGGCGAACGAGCCUCUUGUUAGCAUCCCUCUCUCUCCCUCACCCGCACCUUUGGGUCCACUCUCUCUCUCGCACAUGGGCGCAUCGCAGCCAAUCCCCCACUUCUAUAAUUACACCGGUGAUUCAAUGGCUUAUAGUUAUGUA